UAUGGCAAUAUCCGACGGAAUGACAGUAGGAUGGACGUCUCCAAUGAUACCUUAUUUCCUAAGUGAAGAAAGCCACAUUAGGAUGACAAAACACCAAGCAGAAUGGCUAGAAACAUGGUUGCUAAUGGGUGCUGUAAUUGGUUUACCUUUCACAGCCUAUUUGGUUAACAAGAUUGGGAGAAAAAGAUCUUUAUUGCUAGCUUCAGCGUUGCUUGUUGUAGCUUGGGCGAUAAUAAUUUUUGCCAAAAUUGUCACCGUUAUUUACGUAUCCAGAGUUUUAUCGGGAAUAGCGGUAAAUAUGGCCUUUGUAGCAGCACCUUGUUAUAUCGCUGAAAUUGCUGACCAGAAAAUUCGAGGAUUUCUAUCAAGUGUUAUAUAUUUGAUGGCGUUAAUUGGUAUAUUAAUCAUUUAUACAACUGGACCUUUCUUACCUUACUACAUUCCUCCAAUUAUUGCAAUUUGUCUUUUGGUAGUAGAACUGGUUGUGUUUUCCAUGCUUCCAGAAACGCCGUACUAUUUGUUGUUUAGUGGCCAAGAAGAAGCAGCAAUUAGGUCUAUCAAGUUUUACAGAUCCAGUGGUUCAGUAGAAAAGGAAUUGGCUGCUAUCAAAGCAGCUGUUGAGAGACAAGAAUUUGAUACUGAUAAGGGUGGAAUCAAGGAUAUAUUAACAGUGAAAAGCUACCGAAAAUCUUUGUUAAUUAUGACAGUUUUGAAUUCAGCUCAGCAAUUUAGUAGCAUCAAUAUUAUCUUAAUGAAUAUGCAUCUAAUUUUAGAGUCGGCAGGUUCAAUUUAUUUAGAACCAUCAACAACGGCCAUUGUUUUUGCCGCCAUUAUGUUUUUAGCUGCUAGUUUAGCAUCUGGAACAGUUGAUAAGUUCGGACGCAAGAAGCUUCUUUACAUAUCAAGCAUUUUAACAGGGUUAUGUCUUCUUACUUUAGCUAUUUAUUUCCACAUAAAAAACGCUGGUUACGAAUAUAAUCAUGUUAGUUGGGUGCCCUUGGUAGCUGUCAUGGUCUAUGCUUUUGUUUUUAAGUACGGUUUGGGUAUGGUUCCGAUAGUGAUUACUGCAGAAAUAUUCGCUCCAAAGAUAAAAACGUUAGGAAUGGCUUUUGUAGAUGGAGUUUAUGAUUUUUCUUCUAUAAUUGCUAUUACUUUGUACAAUUAUUUGAAGGAUAUCUACGGUAUACAUAUACCUUUCUAUCUGUUUUCUGCAUGUUCAUUUCUAACGUCGUUCUAUAUUAUUUUCUUCAUCCCAGAGACCAAGGGAAAAACUUUAGAUCAAAUACAACUAAUGCUUGAAGGAAAACAUAAAUAGUAUGUUGUUUUAGAUCUUAGAUAAAAUCAUCUCUUCAUAUCUAUCCAUCAAGCUCUGUUAAAUUUCUAUAUUCAAAAGAGUUUUAACUAUCAUCCUAUCAUUGUUUUUAUUAUCUUUAUUUUAAGAAGCAAAUUUUCAAAAUGUAUUGCUCCAUGAAAUAUAGGUAUCAGCCUAGGAAUAAAUGAAGAAAAAACGAAAUGCAUGGUGCUAGAAAACACAGAAAGAGAACCUGAAGAUUUGCUAAAGUUAACAGCGUUCGAUGGAAAAGAGUAUAAUUUUAAAAAAGUCAAGCACUUUACAUCACAUAUCUAGGUGUCAUAAUAGACGAAAAAGGACACGAGCAAAAUGAACUAAAGCACAGGAUAACAAAAGGUAAUAGAAAGGUCGGCAGUUUAAGAAAAUUAUUAAAUCAAAGUACCUACGCAUCGAGAAAGACGAAAAUCAGAAUAUACAAAACCGUAAUAAGAGCAAGAGUCACCUAUGGAUGUUAGAUUUGGGUGCUAAAUAAAACAGAAGAAGAAAUAAUAGAGAGGUGGGAACGGAAGUUACUGAGUGCUAUUUUCGGGGGAAAACACGGAAGACGGCUAGCAAAGAAGAACCAAUCAAGCAUUAUGGAUGGUUUACAAGGAGCCAAGUAUAACUUAGUUCCUUGGUGACAAAGUAUUCAUGUUGAGAGAAUGGAUAUGACAUAGAAUGCCAAAAAAAGUACUGCUAAGAAAACCAGUUGUGACAGGGAGACGAGGUAGACCAAGAAAAAGAUGGCACGAAAAGUUUGACGAAGAUAUUAUAGGAUCUAUGGAAAUUACAAAAUGGAAAGAGAAGGCGAAAAAAUAGUAUACAGUAGAGAAUCAUAGUUAUAGCAAUUUUUACAUUGACAUUAAAUAAAAUUAUAAGAUAUUAGUAUUAGGCUAUUGAUUAUAUUCAAAAUAAGAGAGCUAAAAGGAACUACAACGUUAACAGGAUUUUAUUGUCUCAUAUGGUCAAAGGACGUCUAAA